CGGGGGGUGUUUUAGGAUGUCCCGGAGAUCAUUGCGGGUGGUUGCUUUCCUUUUCGAAGGCGAUGAUGCUAAAGAGUACAAAACCGGGGCAAGCAACUGAGGAUGUCAUCCUCUUUGGCUCAGGAGGUUCACCUCGCUAGAAGACACGAGGAGAUACUGUCUCAGAGAUCAGAGCUGCUACAGCAGAUGGAGACUUAUCUAAGAGACAAAAAGACUAAAAAGACAUGGCAAACUCAAGCAGCUGAUGCAGCUCGUAAAAGGAAUGCAGCACUUUUAAAUGAUAUAGAGGCAGCAGAAAAAAGGCUGCAAGAAAGAGUGCAUUUACUUCCACAUCCCGAUACUGUUAAGCUAGAAACUCUCUAUUGGGCAUCAAUAAAAGAAUCUCUUCCCAAGUGGGAAGAGUUUCUUUUAGGAAGAGCAGAAGUUCCUGUUGGCUUUGAGAAAACGAAAGCUACAAAGCAGAGCACAAACUACCCUGAAGAAGAUUCACAGAAAUAA